AGAUAAAAGACAGAGAAAAAAAAUGGAAAAAGAUAUUAGACUAACACGUACCACGUGAUUCUGUCAAAGAGCCAAUACAAUGACUUCGGGGAGAGAGAGAGAGAGAGAGAUGAUGAAAGAGAAUCAAGUUAAUCAACUGGGAAUUCAAUUGUCUUAGAUUAACAUUUACCGUGAACCAGUACAACAAUAAUCAUCUUACUAUUUAGUUAAUUUGAUUGUUUGUUUUCAUCAUAAUCUCACUUUGUUCACAUUGUGCCUUUGUCAUCAUCUCCCUCCCUCCCUCGGUCUCUCUCUCUCUCUCUCUCUCUCUCUAUCCUUUUCUCUGUCUUUUAAUGUUUCUCACACUACAAGUAUAUUUAAUUUUUGAAUUAUUUCUCAACAAUUUAGUUAACUAACAAUUUCUGAAGUACAGUUACUUUUGUUUUCAGUUACAUCUUUAAAUUGCUCUUACUUUUUCUCUCUCUCACUCUCUUUCUCUCUCUCUCUGGCCAUCCUCCAAUAAGUUAAUUAACUUAAUAUUAUUAUCGACAAUUAAACUAAUCAUCAUAAUAAUAUUAAACAUCCAAGUGUAUUCAUCCAAUUGGUGUUGAUGUUAUUGCUAAUAGACACCAAUCCAAUCAAUUAGUUGCAAUUUAAUUUGUAUUAUUAUUUCUUGAAUCCUUUUUGUUUGAUCAAAUUGCUUAAUUGUUUCUCCAAUAACAACAAUCAAUCAUUUAAACAAAUAUUUAAAUUUCAAUCAAUCAACAAACGAUUACCGGUGACCAUUGACCAUCGAGUGAAAAGAUCAAAACAAUUUAAAUUGUUAACAACGGCGUCAACAACGAUUACAAAAUUAAUUACGUCAACGACGUUCACGGAAAGGGAAAAAGUAACCAGGAUAAAGUACGGAUAGACCAAUUAACUAAUUGUUACUCGUGAGUCUGAUCAAUUGAAUAGACUUACAAUCCAAUAUGAUUAUGGAUAUGAUUCAGAAACAAUUAACCAACUCUACUGGCGAUGGUAUUGAUUAUGGUCUCAAUAGUUUCGGUAUGAUUAACGUGAUUAACUCUGCUGGUGACAAUCCAAUUGCGAGCAAUCAAACGAGUGUAAUUCAUUCAGUUAAUCAUCAAGGUGGAUCGACCAGUAACUUGGACAUUACCUGGGAUGAGAUUUUCCUUCAAACGCUGGACAAUGAACCUUUUUUUGAUGAUUACCUGGAUAAGGAACCGAGUUUAUCUCGUCUCGAUUUGACUGGUUAUCCAUAUGAUGACCCAUUGGCCGCUUCAUCUUCAUCCUCAUUGACCUCUUCCUCUUCACCUUCAUCUUCAUCUUACUCUGAUUGUCAUUCACCUUUAGCCUCUGGACUCAUGGCUUCUCAUUGUGGUGAUGAUGAAUUCAACAUGGGUUCAGGUGAUUAUUUGGCCUUGGAUGAUGAUCGGGAUCUUGUUGUGCUUGGGGUUGACCUGGAAAACCUUUCGAGAGCCUUUGGUCGAGGUGAUAAUUUGUAUUGUGACCAUAAUCAUCAUCACCCUGAUGCUAAUUGUAACUUUACUUCAACCACACCAAUUAAUAGUAAUCAUAUUAAUUUUGGUAAUAGUAAUCUUUACAAUCAUCAUGUAUACACAAUUAACAAUGAAAAUCAUGGUCAAGGAUCAAUGGACUGUUCAAAUUACACUUUGGUUAAUGGUUAUUGUAAUAGUGAUCAAAGCAACACUAAUCAUGUAUCACAAUCAAUUUACAAUCCACCGAUGAUCAAUGAUAAUCAUCAUUAUCCAAUUAAUGGUAAUACAAUUAAUUCCGAUAGUUCCAAUGAUACUCAUUUGUUGACUUCCGCAUCAACAACAACUUACCAAGAAUUAUCAACCCCCCUGCCAAUUGGUAAGAGAAGAGUCGACGAGCAAUUAGUUAAUUGUCGCACUAGAAAUGGACCAAGAGUGAUCACUGGGACUUUACCACCAGUUUCCAGUAUAAUGUACGCACAUGCGGUGGCCACUAAUCAAUUGAUUAAUUCAAGUGAGUUAAUCAAACACCAAGAACCUCAAUCAGCACAAACUGUAACUGUCCUUGGUAAAGGUUCAGUUGUCCGAUCAGGAUCUCAGCCCAUCUCAUCAGUGCCCAGUAAGAGAGGUCAAGGACGUCGGGGUCGAGCCUCCAACUCAUACUCAUCUUCAUCUUCAUCACUUUCCUCUUCACCAUCUUCUUCACUCUCAUCAUCCUCACCUUUAUCAUCUUCAACUGCAUCUUUAACCCCACACAUCUCAAUUGCCACCACUGGUGUAAUUACCCCUCCACGGACAAGCACCACCGCUGCCGCUUCCAACGGGAAUGACAACUCGUCGGACGAAAAAAUUUAUGUCUGUACUUAUGAAGGUUGCGACAAAAAGUACUCAAAAUCAUCUCACCUUAAAACCCACCAUCGUCGGCACACCGGCGAGAAACCGUUCGUAUGUAAAUGGCCAAAGUGUAACUGGAAAUUCAGCCGAUCGGAUGAGCUCUCUCGACAUGGAAGGUCUCACACAGGUCACAAACCUUACGCUUGUGGUAUAUGUCAACGUCGAUUCUCAAGGUCAGACCAUUUAACGAAACAUCUGAAGACCCAUUGGAAAGAUUUUCCCGAAGAGGUGAGUCGAUAUCAAAUGGUACCUCAACGGAAGGGUCGAUGUGGACGCCGACCGGCCAAUGCUGCGGUCACUGCGGCAGCAUCGGCAACAGCAGCAGCUAAUUCACCACCUUCGGGAACAAUUAUUCAAGAAAAUGGUAACAAUUCAAACGAUGGACAAUCAAUUAACUCAACGAAUAAUUUUACCGCUACUUCGCAGGCCACUUCAGUUGUUGUCGGGCCGAUGGGCCAUGGGUCAGUCAGUUCCAAUAUCGGUGAUAAUUAUCAAAGAGUUAUCAUUAAAAAUGAACCAAAAUGUCACCAAGACGAGAAAUCUUGUUGACUUUAAUUACAAUUAACUUUAUUUCUUCAAUUGCUGGAAUCAAUUGAAAUUUUUGCCAAACAUUUACCUUCACAAUCAAUCAGCCAAAAUCACAAUUAACUUAAAUCAAUUUCUGUGUAUCAAUUUGUCUCACACUCUCUUUAUGUAAAUCAAACUGUUCCGUUGAUUAAUUUUAAUUAUUUCCUUAAUUAUCAUCACAAUACAUUUUUUUAUACAUUCA